UUUUAGAACCCUCAAAAUCAGUAUAUCAACCCCGCAAGAUAUUGCUUUGGGGCCGCUAAAUACGUUCCCCGAUUACAAAUUAAAAUUAGAAAGAAAAUCAAAUAGAAGUACUUGCAAAUUGUGAGAGGUCGAGAGGAAGGAGAAAGGAGGAACGAGAGGGAGAAAGCGCUGAAUCAACUAGGAGUAAGACUACUACACUCUACAUCAUAUUUCCGCAUCUCUCUCGGUUCUCAAUUCUCAUCAUCAAUUCCAAUUUUCCCUCUUUCUGCGCUAUUCCUGAAACCCUAAUUUGCCGAUUUUGCUUUCAAAUCUUCUAAUGUCUUGAUUAAAUUCGUUUUUUUGAAUGAAAGCGUGAUACUGUUUGAGGAACUAAAGUUUGAAGCAAAUAUGAUGGAAUUAGGGCAACAAACAGUGGAGUUUUCGACUCUAGUGAGUCGUGCUGCUGCAGACUCGUUUAUUGCUCUUAAGGAUUUAGUGGAUAAAUCGAAGUCUUCUGAUAUGUCUGAUUCAGAAAAGAAGAUUAAUCUUCUUAAGUUUAUUGUCAAGACUCAGCAACGUAUGUUACGUCUCAAUGUUCUUGCUAAGUGGGGCCAACAGGUUCCAUUGAUACAAUAUUGCCAACAACUUGUAUCUACCCUCUCAAGUCAUGAUACUUGCUUCACACAGACAGCAGAUUCACUAUAUUUUAUGCAUGAGGGGCUCCAGCAAGCACGUGCACCUAUUUAUGAUGUCCCAUCAGCGAUUGAAGUUCUUCUUACAGGAUCAUAUGAACGUUUGCCCAAAUGUAUAGAAGAUGUGGGCAUGCAAAAUUCCUUAAAUGAAAUUCAACAAAAGCCAGCUUUAAAAAAGCUAGAUAUUCUUGUGCGGUCUAAAUUGCUUGAGACUUCACUUCCAAAGGAUAUAUCUGAGGUUAACGUUUCAGAUGGUACAGCACUUUUGCGUGUGGACGGGGAAUUUCAGGUGCUAGUUACUCUUGGUUAUAGAGGACAUCUAAAUCUAUGGAGGAUAUUACAUUUAGAGCUUCUUGUUGGCGAGAGAAGUGGGGCUAUAAAGCUUGAAGAGCAGAGACGAUUUGCCUUGGGAGAUGAUUUGGAGCGCAGAAUGGCUGCAGUAGAUGAGCAACAAAAUCCGUUUAUGAUACUAUACUCAGUUCUGCAUGAAUUUUGUGUGGCACUCAUUAUGGAUACUGUUAUAAGGCAGGCCCAUGCACUUCGUCAAGGAAGAUGGAAAGAUGCAAUUAAGUUUGAACCUAUAUCUGAUGGUAGCUCAACACAGGGAGGAAGUGCUUCAUCCAUGCAAAUAAGUCAGGAUGGAGAAUAUGAGGCAUCCAGUCAUCGCACUCCAGGGGUGAAGAUUGUUUACUGGUUAGAUUUAGAAAAGAACUUGGGUGCAUCUGAUGGUGGAGGAUGCCCAUUCAUCAAAAUAGAACCAGGACCUAAUCUCCAGAUCAAAUGUAUUCAUAGUACAUUUGUUAUAGACCCAUUAACAGGCAAAGAGGCAGAGCUUGAGCUGGAUCACAGCUGCAUUGAUGUGGAGAAGUUGCUGCUAAAAGCUAUACGUUGCAAUAGAUAUACACGUUUGCUUGAAAUUAGUAAAGAGCUUACAAAAAAUGGUCAAAUCUUUCGAGGUAAUGGCGAUGUUCUCCUUCACGACAGUGUGGUUGAGACAGGUGUGGAGCAUAAGAAGAAAGACGCAAAGGACUCAAAUGGACAAGAAGUUCUAUAUGUGCGUGCAUAUGGUUCAUCCUUUUUUAUUUUGGGGAUAAACAUACGAAAUGGACGUUAUCAACUACAGUCAUCCAGAAAUAUUAUUGCUCCAUCAGCAUUGUCUGAUUCUGAGGAUGUUCUAAAUCAGGGAACUCAAAGUGCAGCUGAAGUCUUAAUGCAUUUGCGAAGCAAAUGUAUUUUGCACUUGUUUGCAUCAAUUGGCAAGUUUUUGGGCCUUGAGGUGUAUGAAAAUGGGUUCUCUUCAUUGAAAAUUCCGAAAAGUAUCUUAAGUGGUGCAAACUUUUUGCUGAUGGGAUUUCCUGACUGUGGGAACUCAUAUUUUUUGCUUAUGCACUUGGACAAAGAUUUUAAAAUUGUUUUUGAACUGCUUGAAACACAGCUUGAACAACCUGGAAAAUCUAGCAACUUUGUUGUUAGACGUUGCAAGGACAUUGAUGCAAGUCAAAUGCAGUUGCUUGAAGACGAAAUGAAUUUGAGCAUUCUUGACUUCAGAAAAGUGGGUGCUUUUCUUCCUGGUGUUGGGAGCCCCAAUCAACCUUCUGAACAUCGUCUGUUGCAUGAUUUUAAUCAUGAGGGACUGAUGCCAAUUGCACCAUGUUUGCCAUCAAGAUUUUCCUCUAUCAUAGAUGAAUUUUUUGAGCUUGAAAAGGAAACUUGUGCACCUUUUUCUGGAACUAAUGUUUCUUCAUCAUGUAAUACAUCUUCUGCUUCUCAUUUGGGCUCUCUACCUCUCAAUCAUAAUUCUUCUAGAGUUGCAAUCUCUUCUUCUAAGUGGGAGGGAAAUGCUCAGACUUCACACAUCAAUCCUGCUGUCAAAAGUUCUGCUCAAUAUAAUGGUUCUCCGUAUUUGGCACCUAAUACCAAAGGUUUAAGUCAGUCGUAUUCUGUAAGUUCCCUUCCUUAUGCCCAGCAGAAGAACUGUGCUAUGCAGAAGCUUUCAGUUUCUAAAUCAGAGCAAGAUCUUGGUUCUCUAAGAUCAUCUCAAUCAGCAGAAGUAAGUUCUUUUAGGUUGAUGGGUGAAGAUCGUCUGAAGUUAAUUAAUGAACAAUCACAAGAUGGUGGAUCAUCGUAUAUUUCAUCUCCUCAGGCUGCUGGUGCCCUUGUAUUUGGAUCAGGUGUCAAUGGAAGUACAGUAUGUUUUGGAACUGCUUCUGAACAUGAUAGAGAAUCUAGGAAAAGGAAAGUUUCAGAUAUGCUGAAUUCUUUACCAUCACUUCGAGGCCAUGUUGAUGAAGCUUCCACGAGGAGACGAUUAUCACUUGAUCAGCCUUCUGUACAUUCUACUGUUUUAUCAAAUGCUAUACGUAGUUGUGCAGGAUAUAGUUAUGGUGAUCUUAUUUCUGAAGCAAACAAGGGAAAUGCGCUUUCAGGUGUAUAUAUAUCAGUGCUUCUCCAUGUGAUUAGACAUUGCUCUCUGUGUAUAAAGCAUGCCAUGCUAACUAGCCAGAUGGAGGCUCUUGAUAUUCCUUUUGUUGAAGAAACUAGUAUUAGAAAUCCAUCUGUAAACAUUUGGUUUAAACUCCCAUCUGCUAGAGGAGAUUCAUGGCAACACAUCUGCUUGCGACUUGGAAAACCUGGAAGUUUAUGCUGGGAUGUGAAGAUUAAUGAUCAACAUUUUAGAGAUCUGUGGGAACUUCAGAAGGGCAACAGUAAUACGCCAUGGGGAAGUGGUGUUCGUAUAGCUAAUACAUCUGACAUGGACUCUCAUAUCCGUUAUGAUUCUGAAGGUGUCGUGCUUAGUUACCAAUCAGUUGAAGUGGAUAGCAUUAAGAAGCUUGUAGCUGAUAUUCAUAGACUCUCUAAUGCGAGAAUGUUUGCCCUUGGUAUGCGGAAGCUGUUGGGUGUAAAGACUGAAGAGAAACUAGAUGACGGUGCAAAUUCAGAUGGUAAAUCAGGUGGAGCUAAAGUCGCUGUUGAUGGAGUGGACAAAUAUUCGCAAAUGAGGAAGGCUUUCAGAAUUGAAGCAGUUGGCCUUUUGAGUCUCUGGUUUAGUUUUGGUUCUGGGGUCCUGACACGUUUUGUUGUUGAAUGGGAAUCUGAUAAAAAAGGUUGUACAAUGCAUGUGUCGCCAGAUCAGCUUUGGCCCCAUACGAAGUUUCUUGAGGAUUUUAUUAAUGGAGGCGAAGUAGCAUCCCUACUGGACUGCAUCUGCCUUACUGCAGGACCUUUACACGCACUUGCCGCAGCUACACGAAAUGCUCGAGCUGGUCAGGCUGCCAUCGUUCCCGGAGUUGGCUCAACUAUCACAUCAUCCCGACAAGGGACAUAUGUUUCUGCUCAAGGAGUCCCCGCUAGUUGUUUGUUGCCAAAUGUGGGUCAGGGAAUCGCUGGUACCGCAAAUUCUGUUGCAUCUGCAGCUACUGCUGCUCUCAGGAAUCACACAGCUGUCAUGUUGGCAGCUUCUGGCAGGGGUGGCUCAGGCAUUGUUCCCAGCUCAUUGUUACCUAUUGACGUUUCUGUUGUGCUGCGAGGGCCUUAUUGGAUAAGAAUAAUAUACCGGAAACAUUUUGCAGUUGACAUGCGGUGUUUUGCUGGAGAUCAGGUUUGGCUUCAACCAGCCACGCCCCCUAAGGGAGGCCCUUCUGUUGGGGGUUCAUUACCCUGUCCUCAGUUCAGACCUUUUAUCAUGGAACAUGUUGCUCAGGAAUUGAAUGGUUUAGAACCUAAUUUUGCUAGUGGGCAGCAGACUGGUGCACUGCCGAGUUCCAACAAUCUGACUCCCGGUUCAAGUCCACAACUUCCUUCGGCGAAUGGAAGUAGAGUUAAUCUUUCAAGUGCUUCUGGACUCUCCAGGCCAAAUGUACAAGUUUCUGGUGUGAAUCGUGCUGGAAAUUCCCUUUCAGCACCUUCUAGCAUGACCGCAACUGGUGCCGGAUUGGCUUUACGGAGAUCUACAGCUGCAGGUGUGCCUGCUCAUGUUAGAGGAGAGUUGAAUACUGCAAUUAUUGGCUUAGGGGAUGAUGGUGGAUAUGGUGGUGGAUGGGUUCCUCUUGUUGCUCUUAAAAAGGUUCUAAGAGGAAUCUUGAAAUACCUAGGGGUUCUGUGGCUCUUUGCACAGCUACCCGACCUUUUAAAAGAGAUCCUUGGUUCAAUUUUAAAAGAUAAUGAGGGGGCAUUAUUGAAUUUGGACCAGGAGCAACCAGCUUUGCGCUUCUUUGUGGGAGGCUAUGUGUUUGCUGUAAGUGUCCAUAGAGUUCAGCUUCUCCUGCAAGUUUUAAGUGUGAAGCGGUUUCAUCAGCAACAGCAGCAACAGCAGCAGAACCCGGCAUCUGCCCAAGAGGAACUAACACAAUCAGAAAUAAGUGAGAUCUGUGACUACUUCAGCCGCCGCGUUGCAUCAGAGCCAUAUGAUGCUUCACGUGUGGCAUCAUUUAUUACCCUCCUUACAUUGCCAAUAUCGGUUUUAAGAGAAUUCUUGAAACUUAUUACUUGGAAAAAGGUUAUGUCACAAUCACAAGGUGGAGAUGUAGCGCCUGCACAAAAACCCCGUAUAGAAUUGUGCCUUGAAAAUCAUGCUGGUUUGAAUAUGGAUGGGACUUCAGGAAACUUAUCUGCUUCUAAAAGUAAUAUCCAUUAUGAUCGGCCGCUCAACUCUGUCGACUUUGCUCUAACUGUUGUUCUUGACCCUGCUCAUGUUCCUCAUGUAAAUGCAGCUGGUGGUGCAGCUUGGUUACCUUAUUGUGUUUCAGUGAGGUUACGAUACUUUUUUGGGGAGAAUCCGACUGUUUCCUUUCUUAGUAUGGAAGGAAGCCAUGGAGGCCGUGCUUGUUGGUCGAGAGUUGAUGAGUGGGAAAAAUGUGAACAGAGGGUGGCUCGUGCCAUAAAAAUUCCUGGAUCUAUGUCUUCAGAGAUUUCUCAAGGGAGGCUGAAACUAGUUGCAGAUAAUGUCCAAAAGGCACUGCAUUUAUGUUUGCAGGGUCUUAGAGAUAGUGGUGCUGGAGGCGCUGCAAGUUCUGGAGCGACAUGAAAUCUUCCAGAUUGCCUAGUAACAUGUUAACUUUUGCACACCUUUUUCUCGAUAUCUGACAUUUGGGAUAUUUUGGUAUGUGUUCAAUAUGUCUAUAUCAAGCAAGGAUGAGAGCCAGUCAUUCAUGCUACCGUCAAGGCAGGCUUGCUCUUCAAUCUUCGGUGCAAAUGGAAAUGAUGGGCGGCUUGGAGAGUUUUCAAGGCCCUCUUUAUCAUGGGUAGUUUAUUAAAAGGUCUGGUUUUAUUAGCAGGUAACUUCAGUAUGACGCUUGGACGCAUGAUAUGCCCGAGGGUGAUAUAGUUUUGAGGUAGCGAAGAUCCAACUAGGUAAUUAGUUCAUCUUGUACAGAUUAGUUCUCUGGGCUGGAAUUUGUGUAAAGGUAUAGUUCGAAUUGUUCGGCCCAUUUUUCAUAAACUUAAAUCGUACGUUUAGUAUUAGUAUUAAGACUGUUUUCGGUAGAGUGGAAUUGGGUGUGUGUUUAAGAGAUCAAGUGUAUGAUUUAACCACUUAUUGAUAGAAAACUAUGAUGAUUUAUUAGUAAGAUACUAUAAUAUCAUAUCUAAUCAUUUAAACAA